CAGCUUUUUUGUCACACUGAAACUCAACAGAAGACAUGACAACUGAUGCUUACGAAAAUUAAAAAUGGAAAACAACAUGACAACUAAUGAUGGAGUGAGGGAUCCUGUACAUUACAGUUGUACAGUUGAAUUUCCAAUUUUUACCGGGACUUUCUUCAUCUUAAUCUUCAUCAGUAGCCUCAUAGGCAACAGCCUCCUCUUAUGUGUUCUUUUCAUCUACGAGGGCCUGAAAAGUAUCACAAAUAUUUUCAUCCUGAACCUGGCCUGCUCUGAUUUGAUCUUCACCAUCACACUUCCAUUCUGGGCUGUUCAUCACCUACACCACUGGGUCUUUGGGGACUUUAUCUGCAAAUUCAUGACUGCUGCAUUCUUUGCUGGUUUGUACAGCAGUGUCAUUCUGCUGACUGCCAUGACAGUGGCCCGUUUCAUUAGGGUGGUGCUGCCAAACUGGAAAAAUAACCAUGCUAUAAGAAAGAAGUGUGCAGUUGGUGCUUGUAUAGCUGCCUGGAUCAUCAGCAUCUCAGCGUCCCUGAGUGAUGCAACAAAGGUAAAGGUUAAAAGCCGGUUUGGUAAAAACUAUUGCUAUGAUGAAUCUGAAGACAAGCUUGGACGUUAUCUCCAAGUGUCAUUGCUAUUCUUCCUCCCAUUUGCCAUCAUUAUUUUCUGCUACUCUGCCAUCCUCAAGACAGUUUUACAAGGUUUAAAUAGAAAGAAGCACAAGACUAUAGCUGUGCUGUUGUGUAUUGUUGCAGCCUCUUUCAUUUGCUGGGGGCCAUACCAUAUUAUGCUUUUAAUCAAGUCUCUCAAUACAAACAACGAUUGUAAGGUACUAAAAUGGUUAGAAGUUGCCUACAAUAUCUGUGAAAUGCUUGCCUAUUCUCACUGCUGUAUGAACCCUCUGCUAUAUAUGCUCUCAAAGAAGUUGCGAAAGCAUCUUUUAAAUCUUUUGCGCUGUAAAAAUGUGCGCAGGAAGAACAGGGAGAGAGACACCAGGCAGAAUGUGGCUUUCACUGCUGACAGUCCACAUAGUCAGCCAUUAAAUUAA